AUGGCUACCACGGCCCAGGACCACCUGGAUAUCGGCGGCCGCAUCAAUUGGCUUGCCUCUCUCAAGACGGAGUUCACGCCUGCCCGCAACUUCCGCCGCACCUCCAUCAUCUGCACCAUCGGCCCCAAGACCAACUCGGUCGAGGCCAUCAACAAGCUCCGUGAUGCCGGCCUGAACGUGGCCCGCAUGAACUUCUCCCACGGCAGCUACGAGUACCACCAGUCUGUCAUUGACAAUGUGCGCGCCGCCGAGGCUGCCCACGCUGGCCGACCAGUUGCCAUUGCCCUGGACACCAAGGGCCCCGAGAUCCGAACUGGUAACACCACUGGCGAUGUCGAUAUUCCCAUUUCCGUCGGCACUGUCAUGAACUUCACCACCGAUGAGAAGUACAGCACCUCAUGUGAUACCAGCAACAUGUAUGUCGACUACAAGAACAUUACCAAGGUCAUCCAGCCUGGCCGUAUCAUCUACGUCGACGAUGGUGUUCUUGCUUUCGACGUCCUGAGCAUCAAGGACGACAAGACCAUCGAGGUCCGCGCCCGAAACAACGGCUUCAUUUCCUCCCGAAAGGGGGUCAACUUGCCCAACACCGAUGUCGACCUUCCCGCUCUCUCUGAGAAGGACAAGGCCGAUCUGCGGUUUGGUGUCAAGAACAACGUCGACAUGGUCUUUGCCUCAUUUAUCCGUCGUGCCCAGGAUAUCGAGGAUAUCCGUGAGGUUUUGGGAGAGGAGGGCAAGCGAAUCCAGAUCAUUGCCAAGAUUGAGAACCGACAAGGUCUCAACAACUUUGCCGAGAUUCUCGAGGCUACUGACGGUGUCAUGGUUGCCCGUGGUGAUCUUGGUAUCGAGAUUCCUGCCGCCGAGGUCUUUGCUGCCCAGAAGAAGAUGAUUGCCAUGUGCAACGUCGCCGGCAAGCCAGUCAUCUGCGCUACCCAGAUGCUGGAGUCCAUGAUCAAGAACCCUCGUCCUACCCGUGCCGAGAUCAGCGACGUUGGUAACGCCGUCACCGAUGGCGCUGACUGCGUGAUGCUGUCAGGUGAGACCGCCAAGGGUAACUACCCUGCCGAGUCCGUCCACGAGAUGCACGAGGCCAGUCUCAAGGCUGAGAACACCAUCCCCUACGUCUCCCACUUCGAGGAGCUUUGCACCCUGGUGAAGCGCCCCGUUUCUCCCGUCGAGUCCUGCGCCAUGGCUGCUGUCCGUGCCUCUCUCGAUCUUGCCGCCGGCGGUAUCAUUGUCCUGUCCACCUCUGGUGACUCUGCCCGUCUGCUGUCCAAGUACCGCCCGGUCUGCCCCAUCUUCAUGGUGACCCGAAACCCCACCACCUCUCGAUUCAGCCACCUGUAUCGUGGCGUCUAUCCUUUCCUGUAUCCCGAGCAGAAGCCCGACUUUGAGACUGUCAACUGGCAGGAGGAUGUUGACAAGCGCAUCAAGUGGGCAGUCACCAACGCCAUUAAGCUUGGCACUCUGGCCGAGGGCGAUACCGUUGUUGUCGUCCAGGGCUGGAAGGGUGGCAUGGGCAACACCAACACCCUGCGCAUUGUCCGCGCCGACCCCGCCCACCUGGGUAUUGGCCAGAUGGAGUAG